GAGCCAGGGUUCUGUGCACGACUCGGGGAAGGAACGUUGUCCUCAUUGUAGCUCCUGUGAAUGUCCAGCAGAGGCCAGCUUUUUCCUAACCAUCUCUCGGCUGUCACUCAUCCAACCCCUCCAGGGGCUUUCUGUAAACCGGAAAAGGUUUCGCUCUCUCUCUCACACAUACACACAGACUCUCCGAGUGUAUGCUAAUUGUGAAGCCGCAGGAAUGGAGAGCGCAAAAGACCUGAGAGAUGUUGAGAUUGCUUUAAUUCAUCUGGAAUUUUAAAAGGCGAUUUGAUUGUUUUGAGAGCGACAGAGACACCAGGUUGAAUCCACAAUGACCUCUUCGCUUGGUGAACCAUUCCAGAAGUAAGCUUCGCCUAUACCAAGCAUUAGGAUGUCUCAACCCACGAGCAGCAAGGAACAUUGGAAACCAUGGGAGUUUUCGGGAAUCAGCCGGCAGGAAUUGGCCUUGGCAGAAGCUCUUCAGAUGGAGUACGAUGCGCUUUCAAGACUUCGGCAGAGCAGCACGACAGCAAGGGACGAUGGCAAGCCCAAACACAUUAACAGCCUGCAGUUGAUAUCGUUUGAGGACCCUUUGUUGGAAUACAGCCAAAUGAGAAAUGACCGUAAUGUCAUUAAAGGAUCUCAUGGUCUGUCAGGGUCAGACCCUGGUCUCAAUUAUAGCAAAGGAUCCCCGCUGCCAAGUGAAGGCACUGCUUGUUCUUCUACCUCAGCUCCUGGGCCGCCAGAUCAGUGCCAAGAGGACCAGGAAUACUAUCCAUUGUGGAAGAGUGUGUCCACAGCUACCAUUACCACAACCACCACAAACUCCUUCAACAGUGACUCAACUCCCCAACCCAUGAGUACAGGCCUCCUUGCCAGCGAGGGGACAUCUUGCCAACAAGGAGAUUGUUCCAUCACUGACUUUGUUCCACCAGUCCCACCACGAGUUCCUCUCGGCCCUAGUCAAAAUGCCACAUUAAUGGACCAUUGGCCCAAGGGGUUACCCAGCGAGAGCAUUGAGAAAUUGAAUAUACCUAAUGAUAUCAAUCUCUUCUCCCCCAGCAACGAUGAUUCAAAUGGAAAAAUCGUUGAACCUCCAAACAUUUACUCUGGCCAGAAGUUUUCUGAUGAUGAUUUUGAAUUGAUUGACUAUGAUGAUUUGAAUGACGCCAUAACAAAGCUGAAUUUAAUGUCCACCUACGGGGAGAAUACAAAACUGAUACGAGUUGGGAGCAUUGGCCCUAAUUCCGCCUUCAAAGGAAAAGACAGAAAGGGGGAGACAUCUGGGAAACCUGUCAGCAGAAGUAAGACUCUCCCACCUCAGGUCCCUCCAAGGACCUAUGUGUCCAGAAAUGGGAACCAGAACAAUGCUGUACAUCAGGCCAAAAAUCGAAGGGUCUCCAUUGAUCCGAGCUCCUUUAACCAAACCUACGAGACAGGAAGUUACGAGCUACUAGAAGUCUCAGAAGAGCGGAAUGAAGAGGUUGCAGCAUUCUGUCACAUGCUGGAUGUGCUUCGAGAUGGCUACACCUGUGGAAGUGGCGAGAACGUGGGAUUAAUCUGGAGUCCAGUUGUCAUCCGAAAUGACCAGCAUGGAGAUGGCAUCAGCGUGAAAGUUACUGUGUCCGCUAGCAGUCUCUCAGAGCCACUUACGUUCACGUGUGAUGGGGGCUCCACGGUGGAUCUUAUUAUCUAUCAAACUCUCUGCUAUAUUUAUGACGAUCUCAGGGGCAUAAACGUUGACAAUUUUGUCUUGAAGAUCUAUGGAUUGGAAGAAUUUCUACAGAAUAAACACACAAUCGGAAGCCACAAAUAUGUUCAGUUUUGCCGCAAGUUUGAUGUGGACAUUAAGCUUUACUUGAUGGAGCUUAAAGCAGUUUGCAAGGACUUGAUGCGCAUCGCCAGUGAUGACAAAAGUCCAUCGACUCUUAAUCAUUACAUACACCUACAAGAGAGACCCUUAAAACAGACCAUAACCAGGCAAGCUCUGACCCUUCUCUUUAACACCUACCAAAACGAGGUGGAUAGCUUUCUGCUGGCAGAGGUUGAUCAUUCACAGAAAGCUGAGAGAGUGGUGCAGUCUGUGAUGGCAAUUUGUAAUGCACUUGCCUUAAUUGAAACACAGGAGAUAACCAAUGCCUUGAACCAAUUGCCACCCUGCCCUUCACGGCUGCAUCCCAGGAUACAGAAGGAUCCUAGCAUGCUGGCAAGAAAAGAGAAUCGAGCUAUAAUUGGGGAGUCUUUAACGGCUGCCAUCUUGGACCUGGUGGAACUCUACUGCAACAGCUUCAAUGCGGAUUUCCAACCGGUGGCUCCAAGUCGGAAAGAUACUCAAACACAGAGUGCUCGCCUCAUUGAUAGUCCUCUCACUUUCACCAUCUAUGCAGCUCACAGGAUUCCUAUCACAUGGGCAGCUAGUUAUGAAGAUUUUUAUCUGUCGUGUGGCCUCAGCCAUGGAGGGAAGGAGCUUUGCAGUCAGCUGCAGACAAAGAAAACUCACAUCUACAAGUACCUCUUCCAUCUUCUCAUAUGGGAUCAGAAGAUCUGUUUUCCCAUUAAUAUUAACCAGCUGCCAAGAGAGACCCUCCUGACGCUGACACUCUACGCCUUUCCUGUUCCUCCUCCUGGGAGCUCGUCAGAAGCCAGCAAGCAGCGGCGCACCCCCGAGACUAUGGGAUGGGUGACUAUGCCACUCUUCAACUUCAGACAUGUACUGUCAUGUGGUAGAAAGCUGCUUGGAUUGUGGCCAUCCUGCCAACGAACCAGCCUCACCACGUCAACUGACUGCAAUUUCAUCCAGCCAGACAGUGUCAUCAUUCAGAUUGAUUUCCCGACCUCGGCAUUUGAAGUCAAGUUCAUGACACCUCCUCCAGCAGAAUUCAGCCCCAAAUACGAAUUCAGUAGCCUGGAUAAUGAGUCAAGGAAACAUCUGAAGGAAGUGAUGCAGAAGAAGUCCCUCUUCUGGCUGACUGAAGCAGACAAGAAGCUGUUGUGGGAGAAACGAUACUACUGUCACUCAGAAUGCAACUGCCUGCCGAUGGUGCUUGCCAGUGCCCCCAGCUGGGAGUGGGCUUGCCUGCCUGAUAUCUACACCUUGCUCAAACAGUGGAACUGCCUAAGCCACCUGGAUGCCUUAGGGUUACUCCACGCUGCGUUCCCUGAUCAAGAGCUUCGCCGCACUGCAGUGCAGUGGAUGGACACCAUGUCCACAUCUGAACUUGUGGAUUUUCUACCUCAGUUAGUACAAGCCCUGAAGUUUGAGUGUUACUUGGACAGCCCCCUGGUGAGGUUCCUGCUGCGGAGAGCCAUCUGUGAUGUGAAAAUUGCUCAUUAUCUCUACUGGUUACUGAAGAAUGCGUUAAAUGAUUCCCACUUCAGUGCCCGAUACCAGCAUCUUCUCGGGGCCUUGCUUUGCUGUGUGGGGAAGGGCAUGAGGGAGGAGUUUGAUAAGCAGACCAAACUAGUUCAAAUUCUGGCCAAAAUAGCACAGAAAGUCAGAGACACUACUCUCUCCGCUCGCCAGACUGUUCUGCGUGAAAACAUGGAGGUAGUGCAACAGUUCUUCAGCUUUCAGAAUCACUGUCGUUUGCCUUUAAACCCCAGUCUUUUAGCCAAAGGUGUAAAUCCAAGGGCUUGCUCUUUCUUCAAUUCCAAUGCUGUGCCUCUGAAGAUUUCCUUCCUCAACGCAGACCCUUUGGGGGAUAACAUUAACGUCAUUGUUAAGACUGGGGAUGACUUGCGGCAGGACAUGUUGACGCUUCAAAUGAUCCACAUCAUGAACAAGAUCUGGAUUCAGGAGGGCCUGGACAUGCGCAUGAUCUUCUUCAAGUGCACCUCAACAGGAUGGGGACGAGGAAUGGUGGAGUUGAUUCCACAUGCAGAGACUUUGCGGAAGAUCCAGGUGGAGCAUGGGGUGACGGGAUCUUUCAAAGACCAUCCGUUGGCAGAAUGGCUGCAGAAACAUAACCCAAAUGAAGAAGAGUACGAAAAGGCUGUGGAAAAUUUCAUUUACUCCUGUGCAGGCUGCUGUGUGGCCACUUAUGUCCUGGGCAUAUGUGACCGACAUAAUGACAAUAUCAUGCUGAAGACCAGUGGCCAUAUGUUCCAUAUUGAUUUUGGCAAAUUUCUCGGCCAUGCCCAGAUGCUGGGCAACUUUAAGAGAGACCGAGCUCCAUUUGUUUUCACCUCUGAUAUGGCCUACGUCAUUAAUGGUGGUGACAAACCUUCCAGCCGGUUCCAUGAUUUUGUUGACCUGUGCUGUCAGGCAUACAAUCUCAUCCGCAAGCACACUGACCUGUUCCUCAAUCUCCUGGGACUGAUGCUUUCCUGUGGAAUCCCAGAGCUGUCUGAUGUCCAUGACCUGAAAUAUGUUUAUGACGCCCUUCGACCACAGGAGUCAGACGCUCACGCUACCACCUAUUUUACAAGGCUAAUCGAAUCAAGUCUGGGUAGUGUGGCAACCAAGCUCAACUUCUUCCUUCACAACCUGGCCCAGAUGAAGUUUGCUGGGAGUGAUGAACAUCCAACACUCUCCUAUGCUCCAAAAACAUUCACAAUGAAGACCGAUGGGAAAAUCAAGGAGGUGUUUGUGUGUCAACAUCAAAAAAUAUUUAACCCCACUAAAGGAUAUGCUUAUGUUGUUAAAGUGGAGCGAGAAGGACAGCACGAUGCUACAUUCAUACUGAGAACCUUUGAGGAAUUUCAUGAGCUCCACAAUAAACUCCGCCUCAUUUUCCCAUCGUCCAAACUGCCAAGCUUCCCGAGCAGGUUUGUGCUUGGUCGAGGUGCAGCAACGGCAGAUAGACGCAAGGAGGAACUGGAUGGUUACAUCUGGCACUUAAUACACUCCCCCCCUGAAGUGGCUGAGUGUGAUCUGGUCUACACCUUCUUCCACCCACUCCCAAAGGACGACAAGUCCAUGACUGGAAACACGUUGCCAAAGCCAACAGAUGGACCACCAACACCACCAAUGGGGAAGGUCGGAGGAGAAGUGAAGCUGUCUAUCUCGUACAAGAAUGAUAAGCUUUUUAUCAUGGUGAUGCACAUCCGAGGCCUAGUUUUGCAGGAUGGGACUGAUCCAGAUCCUUACGUCAAAAUUUACUUGCUGCCAGAUCCACAGAAAACAAGCAAAAGGAAGACUAAAGUGGCACGAAAGACUUGUAACCCAACAUACAAUGAAAUGUUGGUAUACGAUGGCAUUCCGAAAGGAGAUGUGCAGCAGCGGAUUAUCCACUUGCGAGUUCUGAGUGAGGAAGCGUUCCGGGAGAACAUUAUGCUCGGGGAGGUGCACAUUAACCUCAAGGACUUCAAUCUAAACCAGAGAAUGGUUGGUUGGUAUCACCUGGGAUCGACAGCCCCACAAUGUACUUCAUUCUGAGCAUUCGGAAACGUCACUAAAGGCUGUCUGUUGGACCUCGCCGAGAUUGGGGUUAAGGGUGCAGAACAAGGAAUAAGCAAUUUGUGUUUCCUCUAUUUCAAUUUUAUUUGUGAACAGACAUGAGGUUAAAAUAUUCAAACAAUAUUUUUGAGCCUCUUUAUAUUGGAACACGUUGAAGAGACACUGCCCUCAGACCCGAGGAUUACUGGGCAUGAUGUUGCAUGCGUCAAGAGAUGCAAACUGUUUGCUCCCAAGUUGUGUAUUAUUACACUAUGAAAAUGAAGGUAAUUAUUUGAACUGUUUAUAUGCUUUUAAACUGUGCUGUGGGCGACCAUGUCGUAAAGAAGGACUUACUGCAACUUUUUUUUGCACUAAACAUAAACAAGAGGAAGGAUUAAACCCUUCAGGAAUUGAUCAAAGUUCACUAAUAGGAAAGUAGCAUAACAGACAGCUUAUGUCAAUUCUCUAUAUUCCUGCUACUCUAUUCUCUCUCAUGUCCCCAGAUGAGAAGUGGAUAGUUCAUAGUCUUUUGGCUUUGAGAUGUGAAUGAAGCCUUGUGAAAGAAACUUUCUGGGGCGAAAUUGCCCACUGUGUGUUAUGUGACAUCUUGGAACAUGAGAACAGAAGUGGACGAUUGAAGCUACCUACAUGCUGUCCUACCAUGCAAAACCCACUGAGUUUGAGAUUGGUCUUGGUUGACAGCACUAAACAGAUGUUACGCACUCACUCAAUAUUCGGUUGCACUGAAGAAAAUGGAACCAACUGUUGGGUGGGGUGCACAAGAGGCAGCUCAUGCAAUAGUGCCUAGUUAAUGCUACUGCAUAAGAUUCAUUUCUUUCAUUCUAAGGAGUAGAAAAAUGCAAGAGCAACUUCCAUUGGUUAGAAUUGUAUUUGAUGCAAAUUCAAAAACACACUGUCUUAACUAAACCAUCAGAUUAUCUGGGUGAGCUUGUAUAGCAGUUCUGCAAAUAUUGAUGCCCUGAGAAAUUAAUAAUAACUCCUUCAAAUACCCUGGAGGUCUCUUGCUAAGUCCUUGUGUAAAAAAAAGAUACGAAUUAAUGCAGAGUUGGUCUUCAUCAGUUGGCCAGAAAGGUGAGACACCAAAGACCAAGACAACCCACGUUCAGUUCUCAGUCUAUCCGAAGUUAUUUGGUUUCAGCUGGGUUAGAAAUCGGUGCAAUCAAAUUGACCUGUGAUAUCUUGAACUAUAGAAAACAGCAAGGACUGGAGGAUGGUGGGGGGAAGAGAGGUUGGUGGGUCUUGUAGCUGAUCACUGGUCUCUCCUCCCUAAUGCAUACAAUGUUGAAGAUGGUAAGGUGGUGUUGGACUUAACUCCCUGGACCUUCAUUGUCUAAACAUUCACUCAUUUCAAUUCACGUGAUCAAUUUAGGUGAAAUACUAGAGGAUACUAGCACUUAAAUGACAAUCCUUCUGUAUCUCUAAUGAUUAAUGGGUUCUGUAGAUGACGCUGUGCCAACUCACUGUUGCAUUUAAUUAAUCAGAUUAGGUUCUACCAUUUGCUCAAUGGAGGGAGCGUCUUUCUAAGUGACUUCAUUGCUUUUGUCACCUGAUUUUUGCAGGAUUAAUCUUGGAAGACAUUGAGUAAAGUCUUAAUUGCAGGAUGUGACCAGCAUUAAUUGAAACCAAGUAUUUGACUCCUAAGUGCUCAGAUUGUAAGCCUGACCUGGUUUAAAAUAACAUUAUAGAACCAUAGAAAUAUAACAAACAUGAGGUCAUUUGGGCCACUGGAAAAAGUGCUGCCUGGUCUAAACCCACCUCCCUCACUAGGUCUGCAGCUUGCAGCUGCGCACCCAAGCAAUCUUAACUAAACCAUUGGAAUAUCUGCUUGAGCCUGUAUAGCAGUUCUGCAGAUAUUGAUGUCCUGGGAAAUUAGUAGUAACUCCUUCAGGUAUCCUGGUUAGUUUCUGUUGAGAGUUUCUGCUUCUAUCGCCCUUCCAGACCCCUGUCAACAUCUGCAAGAAAGAAUUUUUCCUCAUCCACCUUCUAAUUCCUUUAAAUGUUUUGGAAGACCUCCAUCUUCUCUAAUGUUAAGAGUCCAUUAAAAACACUUAUUGCGUCUUCAGCUUUCCUCAUCUACCUGCAUAUGUUCUCCAUAGGCUGCUGCUGUUGCAGAGAGGCAUGGAUGACAGGAGCUCCUGAUCCACAUAGCCACAGGAGCUCCUCAAGUCUGCCCUAUCUUUCAGUUAGAUCUGAUUUUUAACUCCAUCUACCCACCUUGGUCCAAAUGCUUGAAUCUCCUUAAUAGAAAAAAAUCUGUCCAUCUCCUCAGAUUAGAUUUCAUUUGGCUCCCAGCCUCAGCAGCUUUUUGUAAGAGGUUAUUCCAUGCCACCACUACCCUGUGUGCAUAGAGGAUAGAACAUAACAUUGGGAAAACAGAGUGCUGUACUCAAUGUUACUUAAAAUGGAGAGCAAAGUUUACGACCAAAUCACUUCAGCGCUGGCUGUCAUUUACAAUCAAGUGCUGCCACUGCUCUGGCGAUCUCAGCUCUUAUUCCUUUCUUUGGUGGUGGGGGGAUGAGGUGUGAGGGGUGGGUGAUGCACCAGACCUUUAAGUGUCCACAACAUAUGCACUUUACUUUUCAAAGCAGCCAACUCCUGUUGCUCCCUCUUGCACCAUUGUUUUACUGAUAGGAACCCUAUUGUUGUAGUACUUGGUAAUGCUGUAUCUAGGGCAAGUGUGGCCUUUCCUGUAUUGUAGGAUGUGCAUGAGUAGGACACAUUCACUGCUGAAUCUCGGGAACUGAGAUGAAGUUGCACAUGUCCUGCCUCUGUCAGUUCCUGCUUGAACAAAGUGGCUGCUGAAUUGCCACUUUCUGUAUAGCUCAGUUGUAGUUAAUGAUGAGGACAUUGUUUCUGUUGGGAAGGAGAUUCCAACCAGCUGUGUUCCUCAUUUAUAUCCUUCCUCCCAGUCUCUUUAACAUAGGCAGCUAAGGAAGAAACUUUGUGAAAUUCCCAGGUCUUGUUUCAGUUUACCCUUGUACAUAAGGAAAGGCACCAUUGACUUCUACUGAAAUGUCCUUUUUAUUAACUAAUGAAAGUUAUACUGUAAGAUUUGUUUGCAGAUCUUUUUUGCCUGUAAGUAAUUUACUUUUGAUUGAAUGAUACGCAAUGCUGUUGAAUAUUU